CUGUAGGAGGCGUUUCGUUCGCGCUCCAAAUCAUGUACUGUCCCAGAUAGUUAUGUGAUCGUGAAUAAAUUAUGUAGUAAUUGUUUUAGUUUGCUUGAAUGCAUUUGGGAUGUGUGCGAACCCUCCUCGAUUUUUCAACAUAUUUUAAUCCGAUCCUUUAUUUACAAUCCUAAUCUGUGAUGCUGUCUGUUUUAAUAUUUCUUAUAUAAGACCCAUAGUGUAUUUACUUCUGAAGCUGACAGUUUCUGUUUAUACUCUACCGAUCCAAAAUGCCUCGAGGAACGAGUGAGCACUUGAAAUUUUAUGAAUUAUGUUGCCUUUUUUGUUGUCCGCCAUGUCCCACGCAUAUUGCGGCCAAGCUGGCUUUUGUACCACCUGAACGGACGUAUGCUCUGAUGGAGUCCGAUGAGUCCAAGUCCAAUUACACUUUGUACCUCAACCGAAAUUCUGAAUGUCAGAUAACGAAAGAUGAAUUAAAGAUGAUUGAAGUGUUCUAUACUCGGACUUCGAAGGGUAAUCAAAUUGCCUGCAUGUUAGUUAAGUGUUCACCUCAUGCAAAGCAUACCAUACUCUUUAGCCAUGGUAAUGCUGUUGAUUUGGGGCACAUGAUCAAUGGUAUUAUUAGCUUAGGAUCCCGAAUGAAUUGUAAUAUCUUCAGCUAUGAUUAUUCUGGUUAUGGGGAAAGUGAAGGGAAACCUUCAGAAAAGAAUCUAUAUGCAGAUGUUGAUGCAGCUUGGCAUGCUCUUCAGACUCGCUAUGGAGUGAGGCCAGAAAAUAUCAUCCUGUAUGGACAGAGCAUAGGGACUGUGCCCACCAUCGACCUUGCAUCCAAAUAUGAAGUAGGAGGAGUAAUUCUACAUUCACCUCUUACCUCUGGUAUGCGAGUUGCCUUUCCGAACACAAAACGUACCUGGUUUUUCGAUUCCUUUCCUAGCAUAGAAAAAGUGCCGAAAGUAACAGCUCCAGUUUUGGUUAUUCAUGGUACCAAUGAUGAGAUUAUUGAUUUUUCACAUGGUCAGGCAAUCUAUGAGCGUUGUCCUAGAGCUGUCGAACCAUUGUGGGUAGAAGGUGCCGGCCACAAUGACAUCGAGCUGUAUGGACAGUAUGUCGAAAGACUUUGCAAAUUUAUCAACGAAGAACUUGGGACCUAGUAGUGUUCGCUUUUCACUCUUGCAGCUAGCUGUUUCUCAUCACUAUCAUGAACAGCAUAUCAGGUUAUCAUAGCAAAGUACUUGUUAUCCACAAUAAAAGAAAAUGAUUCGCAUAAGAAAUCACAAUAUUUGCUUCUGUAAAUAAGUACAAAAGCAUUGUGAAAAUUUAAACUGUGAUUUCAUUUUUUGUGUUUAAAAAUAAAAUAAAAAAAUGAUUUUGUAUUGGUUUAAAGUGACACGUUAAAAUGUAACUUUUGUUACUCUUGCAAAGUGCUUAAUAUCCACAACAGUUCUGUUCAGAAAAGUUUUUGCAAUAUUUUUCAUUUCUAAAUUUGUAAUUUCCUGGGAAUGAAGUUGAUGUAUAAAUUUAGGUAAUUAUUUUUGAUUUAAUGCAAAUGGUUGGCAUUAAUUAAUUCAUUAUUGUGGUUGAAAUUUUUUGAAAUAGUAUACUUUCUCCUUGGCUUAAGACCAUAAAAAAAAUUAAUUACAGGAUAGAAUGUAAUUACGGAUUGUGUUUUUGUUUAGAGUACUACAAUGAAUUGCAUAUGAAUUCUUUAUAUUUGCAUUAAUUAAAUAUAUAUCAAAUGAAUUUUUAUAUUUUAUGUACAAUUUUUUUUAUGAUUUUUUUUAAAUAAAAAUAAAUUUGAAACAAAAAUUUAUAUAUGACUUCAGACCUGUCAGUCAAAGCAGAAUUCAUUUGUAAAUUGAAGAAAACUAUGCUUUAUCAUCAUUACUAUUACUUUCAUAUAACCUAAAAAUAUGGAGCAUUUAUUCUUAAAUUCAUCAUUCCACACAUGCCUGAAAUGCAUUUCUGUUAAAUUUCUCAGAAUGUUUUUAAAUGGCAGAUAUAGUUAGAGAAGUUUUUCACUAAAAUUAUACAAAAUGAACUAGAACUUCUUAAAAAUGCCAUGUUUUGUUUGGAAACAACUGAGAAUAUACAGAGAUCAAUAACUCUUAAAAUGCCUGAAUAAGAACUUCAUUGUAUGGUUUUAUAGAUUUAGUUACCUAUGGAAUGAUUAUUUUGUCCUUGAAUAUUGUUCAAAUUUUUUUAAAACAGCUAUGAUUUGAUUUUGAUUUUUUUUUUUUUUUUUUCUUCUUUCGAGGUUGCUGUGCUAACUAAAG